GGCGCAGCGCCAUUGGCCGGCGCGUUCUAGGCGUGCCCCACCGCGGACUCGCCGGCUCUGGAGCUGCACGCACCUCCCAGUGACUAGGAAGACCAGUGUUGCACCGCGGGUGCCGAGCGGCUGAGCGGCUGCACAGAGAGGAAGCACGGCGUCCGGGGUGGUCGGACUUCAUCACCUGGCUCGAGUCUGUGGCCUACUCCGCUCCUAGUGCACUCUCUGUCACCCCCGCCAACUUUCUGUCCCUCUCUGGUUCCCUGCUUCUGCUGGCAGCGGAGGAGGUAGACGGUUCUCAGAGGCCCCGGUGUCUCCUGGAGCUGUGGAAAGAGCACAUUCACCACCUUGGCCUUCGACAGAAUGGAUCUGUGGCAUCUUGUGACCUGCCUGAAAGUCUUCCCUUCCCAGAUGUGCUUCCUCAUAGGGGAGGACACCCAGGCUUCCUGCUGAUGCUCCAAACAACAAGACUUCUGCUGCACAACUAGACAAGCUGUCAUUGCAUUCCAGAUUUUUUCUUAUAUCUUUUUUGGCCUCUUUUAAUCACCUGGCUUCUAGUCUCAGUUGUUUUGUUUUGAGGACAUCCAACUGGACUUGCAGCUCUCCUUGCACUUUUCCAGAAUGAUUGACCUGAGCUUCCUGACAGAGGAAGAGCAGGAAGCCAUCAUGAAGGUCCUGCAGCGGGAUGCAGCCCUGAAACAGGCAGAGGAGGAGCGAGUCAGGCAUUUGCAUGAAAAAAUUAAGGAUGACCAGCAGCUGAAGAAUAUGAGUGGCCAGUGGUUUUAUGAAGCCAAAGCCAAAAGGCACCGAGACAGAAUCCAUGGUGCAGACAUCAUCAGAGCAUCCAUGAGGAAGAAGAGGCUCCAGGCAGAGGCUGAGCAGAGUAAGGGUCAAGCCAACAAGGCAAAGGAAAACUGGGUGAACAGUAUUGACAAGGAUGCUCUCCUGUCCCCAGAGCUAGCCAGUGUGGAAGAACAGGAAGAAGUGACCCCAGCAAGCCCAAGGUCCAGCCUGCUCAAUCCAGAUUCCACUGCGACUGGCCUGUCCCAGGAAAACACAAGGAAUUCAGCCAUGUCUCCAAACAAGCAAAGGAAGAAUCCAUUUAAUAGCUGUGAGUUGCCAGGUCACUUACUACAACAAACCAACAAUGAACAGUCAAAAAAUGGAAGGACUGUCUUCUCUCAGACUUCAAGAAAGGGUGAACUGUCAGUGUCAAAAGGAAAGCUGUUGACCCUGGAUAUGUCAAGCCAAAAGUUGGAACAACCAAAGCAGACUUUUCCAGGCUCCAAGAAUGGGCUUCAAAUAAAGACUCCCAUCCCCAAAGCCAGAAAGAUGUUCAAGAAAUCAAAUAACUUUAAGCAAGAUGGUGCCCAACCUUCUUCCAGACAGAGGACAGAUUCCCUGAAUGCCAAGGGGGCUCCCAGGGGAAUUUUGAAGCGCAACUCCAGCUCCAGCAGCACAGACUCAGAGACACUGCGCUGUCAUCAGAACUUCAGUCCCAGGAGUAAGACUCUGUCAUCUGGCUUGACUAUCCAUGAGAGGAUUUCUGAGAAGCAUUCUUUGGAAGACAAUGAUGAUUCCUCAAACUCACUGGAGCCCUUAAAGCAUGUGAGGUUCUCUGCAGUGAGUGAGGAGCUUCCCCAGAGCCCUGAGUCAGCCCACUCCCCAGAUGUGGGAGAGCUGAGUGUCUUGGAGUCAGACAGGCUGAAAAAUGGAAUCAGAGACAUAGGGGACAGGCCUGAGUUUGAGGGUGACCCUCAGACUUCCACAUCCAAAAAACCUUUGUAUUCUCAUCAGCCAGCCUCAAGCCCCAAGGCAUCAAAAAAUGAAGCCUUUCAGCCAAGGACUUCUAGUUCUCUCCCACUCAGUGGGUGCCAUUCUCCCUCAGUUGUCACUACAAGACCACAAUCCACUGAGAAUUCACUCACUGUCAAUGAACACAGAGCUAACUCACCACAAGUAUUAAGGCAUGAAUCAGAUUUACCUCAAAGGCCUGCUGAUGAACUGUCUCAUGCUGAGCCUGAGCCAGCUCAAGUGCCAGACCACAGUUCUAGAGACCAUCAGCAAGGUAAGCACCUACUUCUCAUGGCCCUAAAUGCUCAGACGUCCCCAAGCUUGAGCCCACAUGCCACUGAGAUCAGGAAGACAGCUGAGGAGUCCAUAUCUAAAGUCCUAGACUGGUUUAAUCGAAGUUCUUAUUCACAUGACAAUCAGUCAUCUCUCCAGAAUCUCCAAGGACUAGAGCCCAAGGCAAAAGACUCUGAAUCCCAGCUUGCUAUUGCCUCGGUGGCUAAUGACACCAAUCUAAGAAAAAAAGACUUAGAGAUUCUACCAUCCUCCCAAGGUAAAGGGCCACCUGUGGGAUCUGAGUCACCAUUCCAGCCAGAGACAAAUAUUCUACCUUCUGGAAACAACCAAGAUAAAAAUAGGAAUAUCAGCUCUAAGCCUACUCAUUCAUCCCAACAAGGCAAGGGAAACCCAGGUACGUCCAUUCAGCCAUUCAAGCUCUAUGGUCCCUGUCGAGGGAAUACAAAUAUGGACUAUAGCCGAAGUUCAAACAACACAGGAGGAGGAAGUAAGUUACUUGCCCCAACCAGUAACAAUUCCUGCAGUGUUCUCAAAGGACCUGAUCCAGAAAACCAAACUCCAUGCAGCAUUAAGGAUGCUGCUACCUCAGGUGUAGAAGAGGCCAAUCCCUGUGUUUAUGGAAAAAACAGCAGAAACUCAGAAGGAAAUGUUGAUUCUUCACCAAUUAUCAUAGAUUUUGGUUUGAAAGACAGCAACAAAGCAGAGACAAAGAGCCAAGUUUCUUUGGAACCAGAGAAUUCUGGGUUACCACUGAGAGCUCCCAACAACAGAGCUCAUUGGGAGGAACCUGAUGUCCCUAUGCAGAGAGAAAUUGGUGAUGUUCCUAAGAACCACGUGCAGAGACAGAAAUACCAAAGAGUGAGCGAGAGAAUAUCCUUUUGGGAAGGUGGGGAAACCACCACCAAGCAAGAUCAGAAACAACCACCAUCUCCAUACAGCCAGGGACCAUGCAAUGGGUCACAGAGGCUCCCUGUGGACAGUUUAGCUACUGGCCAAAAUGAAUAUAUUCAAGCCACUGCCAAACAGGUGGUCCUUGAUGAGGAUGGUCAUGAAACUCUUCCUUUCAGUUUUUAUUCUGUAAAUAAAACUAAACAGACCAUGCCCCCAGUAUUAACUCCACUGAGAAAUUCCCCUCCAGCUGAACAAUCAGGUAAAAUGUCUCCAUUUCCCAAUAAGAUAAAUGAAGAAUUACCUAUGAAAACAUUGCCAAUGACAGACAGUUCAGACUCAGAAAGGAACAUUAUUUUGCCAGCACUACAACAUCCUUCAAAUGCUGGGAGUAAAGCACAUGUUUCUUUGGAGAAAAACAGAUACCUGGCUGGUGAAUCAAACCCCAACUUUAAAAUUAUCUCCCUAAAAGAAAGAAUGGAUGAAUCUAAUGCAGAACAGUGCUACAGUCACUCUCAAUUUGAGAACUUGAGAAAGUUCUGGGAGCUAGGACCCCAGAUGAAUGGUAUGAUAAAUGUUGAGAAGAAUUCUAUCAUAACAGGCCAAAAACAUCCUGGGUCUUUUAACAGUCAGACUCACAAAGAAUUCAGCAGCCUUAAAUCAUCAGGGGAAAACACACAUGGAAUAGAGACAGCUUUAAGCCAAAAACAUGUUCCAGUAAGAGAAAAAACAGAGAAAUUAAACCCCCAAAGCACAUCUCAGGGGGUACCAGAGGAACCUACAUUUUUCGUGAGGUCACACAGAAAAGCUACUCACCAGAUGCCAGGAAAUGAGCCAUUGGAGGAAAAUGUGGACAAGACUAUGGAGAGGUUUGUUAUUCCAUUGCUGAAGGAAGAGGAGGAUUACUCACUCCCAGAGAUUCAGGAAUCCAUAGUGAAAACCAUUGUUUCCUCUAAGGACUACAAAGACACUUUGAAUGACACCCUCCAGAAGCUGCUAUCAGAAACUUCAUCACUACCACAAACCCAGCCUUCUAGUGGAAAAGUCCAUGAAAAUCAAGUACUUGGUCCAGGGGUUUCUGAAAACAGGACAGGUUUUGUUGUUACUGAGCAAGAAAGCAAAGAACCCAGGGAAGUUGUUAAUGAGCAUGUAUCAAAAACAGUAGCUCCUCCAAAGGUCAGAACCAACUCUUUGACUGCUAGUCUAGACAAACUCCUAAAGGAGGCAAGUGGACUACAGGCUUUUCCCUUGCAAAUCAAAACAGAACCUGCAGAGGCCUCUCACCCAGUUGCUCCACCAUCCCCUCCUCAUAGAAAAGAUACUUUGGGGGAAGUGGUCAAUUCUAUCCAAGAUAUGCCUCCUAUGGAAGAUGCUCCUCAAGAGGAGGAGGAGAUGUUAUUAUCUCAAAGGGAAAUUUCAGGGACUAUAGAAAAAGUCACUUUUCCACCCAAACUUGUAUCAGAUCAUGUAAAUGCUGUAUUAGAAAAGCUACUUAGAGAAACUUUGUUGAGUAAUUCAAGUAAGGUGGAAGUAGUCCCUGGAGAAGCCAAAGAAUUUCCUGAAGGAAUACAGAUAGUAGAUAACUCUUCAUAUUUUCUAGGAACUACUUCACCACAGGCUAUGAAGAACAUCAUAGUUCCAGACAAAAAGAAUUGCCAUCCCUUCAACAUAGCUCCUGACAAAACUCACAAAGUAGGAUCUGAUUUAGCAGCCCCAAAGUCUCCAUUAGAGCAAACCCAAAGUUUACCCAGUCCCACAGUUUCUCAGUCUGGUGGAGCAUUGCCUCAGAAAGUGAGAGAAAUCAUGAGGGAGAUCAUUACUCAGCCUCAGUCAGAGCUCCUUGAAUUCCGUGCUGGUUUGAAUAGACCACUGGAGGAAACCACUGAUACCCCCUCCUCAAAGUGUGAAUGGGACAGAGGAGCUCUUUCUCCUGUGAAGUUAAUGGGUAGAGCUGAGGUAACCAAACUGAGUACUGUACAGGUCCAUACUGAGGAGAUAAAGGAAACUAUAGAGAAUGCUAAAGUGCCUUCCAUAAGCCAGAGUGCUUUCAAUCUACGUUUUGAGAAACUCCUUAAAGAAGUGUCUGAAACUCCUUAUCCACCCCUGGGGUUUGUGGAGGAAGAACCUCCUCAUAAGGAGCCUUCACAGGUAGAGCAAACCAGGUGCUGGGAGACAGGGACCUGUUCAGGGAACAGGCCAGCCUCAGAAGCUUAUUAUGAAAGGAAUCUUGAGAUCAAUGCUUACUGUCAAGUCAGCCAAUAUGAUGACGGGCUAAGAGGAGGCAAGGCUGUGACUGACUUGUCAGCAGAUUUCAGUUGCUCUGAGAGAGGGCUUGGGGCCUCUGCAGCCCCACAGUCGUGUGUGGCCCAUGAAACAGGGACCAUUGAAGCACUGGGAUUCCCAAAGGACAGAGAAAGUGAGGUCACAGGAGCUCCAGAAGGAGCUUUUCUGUCUAGCAGCAGGAAGUCCUUUGAAGUAGUGAGUGUGUCUGGAGAUAAACAGCCCAGCCCUCUCCUCAUGAGCCAAGGAGACCCCACUAAAGUGAGCAAAGUUGAACUGACUCUGGUGUCACCAUAUGCACGACAAGAGCAAGAAGAAACAGGGCUCUCUGAUUCCAGUUUCUCAGAUGGAAACCUCCAUUCUCAUAACUCAAGUUCAGAAGAAGAACCCAGCCCUGAUUUGAGAACUUUGGAAAGGAAUGCUGCUAGGAAAAUACCUUCCAAAAGUCUAGAAGACAUUUCAUCUGAUUCAUCAAAUCGAGCCAAAGUAGAUAAUCCGCCAGGAGAAUUAGUGCGUAGUGCUGAAGAUGUUUUCACAGUGCCUGCACCAUUGGACGAUCACUUUUCUCACCCUGACAAACUCAAAAGGAUGAGCAAGUCUGUUCCAGCAUUUCUCCAAGAUGAGAGUGAUGACAGAGAAACAGAUACCGCAUCAGAGAGCAGUUACCAGCUCAGCAGACACAAGAAGAGCCCCAGCUCUUUAACCAAUCUUAGCAGCUCCUCUGGCAUGACGUCCUUGUCUUCUGUGAGUGGCAGUGUGAUGAGCCUUUACAGCGGGGAUUUUGGCAAUCUGGAAGUGAAGGGGAGUAUUCAGUUUGCAGUUGACUAUGUGGACUCCCUGAAGGAGCUACAUGUCUUUGUGGCUCAAUGCAAAGACUUAGCAGCAGCAGACACAAAGAAACAGCGUUCAGAUGCAUAUAUUAAGAGCUACCUGUUGCCAGACAAAGGUAAAAUGGGCAAGAAGAAAACAGUCGUUGUGAAGAAAACUUUGAAUCCUGUGUACAACGAGAUUCUUCGGUAUAAAGUUGAAAAGCAGACCUUACAGACUCAGAAGCUGAACCUGUCUGUUUGGCACCGGGAUACGUUUAAGCGCAAUAGUUUCCUGGGAGAAGUGGAACUUGAUUUUGACUCUUGGGACUGGGACAACAAAGAGAACAAACAACUAAAGUGGUACCCUCUGAAACACAAGAUACCACCUGUCACCCUUGAAGCAGAAAAAAGAGGAGAAAUGAAGCUAGCUCUCCAGUAUGUCCCCGAACCAACUCCUGGUAAAACAUCUCCCACCACCGGAGAAGUGCACAUCUGGGUGAAGGAAUGUCUUGAUCUGCCGCCACUGAGGAACAACCAGCUAAACUCCUUUGUGAAAUGCACCAUCCUUCCGGACACAAGUAGGAAAAGUCGGCAGAAGACGAGAGCUGUGGGGAAAACGACCCACCCUGUCUUCAAUCACACCAUGGUGUAUGACGGCUUCAGGCCUGAAGACCUGACUGAGGCCUGUGUGGAGCUGACUGUGUGGGACCACUACAAACUCACCAACCAGUUCCUGGGAGGACUUCGCAUUGGUUUUGGGACAGGCCAAAGCUAUGGGAUGAAGGUGGAGUGGAUGGACUCUACACCAGAGGAAGUCGCCAUCUGGGAGAAGAUGGUGAAUGCUCCCAACACUUGGGUUGAAGUGACAUUACCUCUCAGAAUGCUGAUGGUCGCCAAAAUUUCCAAGUGAACCCCAAGGCCACUGGCUACUCUAUGGGACAUGACUGAGGGGAUGGAGUUCUGUGUGGACAACCUUGGAUGUGGACAGACAUCCUCACCAUCUUUCUGGAGGCAGUAGGGAGGACUGUACAGCUUGGGGCAUCCAUCCACAUGUGCCUCAUAAACUCCAAAGCCCCAAGGGCCAUAAUAAUGAAAUGCAUAGCUUCCUUGCAACCCCAGUCUUUAAAGAAAGUAUUGGGCAAGCUGCAGGAGUUGAGCCCUUUGGCUGCUGUUGCAACGAAAAAGCUGCCAAAUAUAUAUAUAUAUAUUUUUUUUUCCACUGUAGGGCAUUGUUAGCAAGAACACUUUACUGGUUUGUCAGCGUGUCACACUACAGUCUGUCUAUAUGAGCACUCAAUGUCUGAAAUCCUCACAGUCUUCAGAAUUGGACCCUGAGAAAACUAUUGAUAUUUUCUGUCUGUCCUAGCAAA